AAAUAAACAAACUUUUGAGACGCUAUAUAAAUGCUCAUCCUUGACUUUUCUCCAAACAAACACAACUUCGCAAUUCAGUCAACUGCAUAUUCCACUCUCAAAUCGGAACUCCAAACGUAAAUCCGUCUGCGAAUUGCGGUUGAUUUUGUCGCGAAUGGCCAUAGCUGGCGAUCACCAGCACCACCGCCACAAGAAGUGGCGGAUUUGCCCGUUCUGGCAGUCAGGGCCGGCGCCUUCUUCGUCUCCAUCUUCGACUCAGAAUCUUCAAAGUCAAUCACAGAAUCAGAGUCACCAAAACGCCGUCGUUGCCUCCAACAGCCGCUCUUCCUCCACGGUCUCCUCUGUAGCCAGAUCGCUCCUCCCUGGACGGCGGAGGCUCCGCCUCGAUCCUUCCAACAACCUUUACUUCCCCUAUGAACCGGGAAAGCAGGGCAGGAGCGCUGUUCGGAUUAAGAAUUCGAGCAAGUCUCACGUUGCCUUCAAGUUUCAAACUACUGCACCAAAGAGUUGUUACAUGCGACCACCUGGCGGUAUCCUUGCUCCUGGAGGAAGCCUAAUAGCAACUGUUUUCAAGUUUAUGGAGCUUCCUGAAAACAAUGAAAAGAAUCAAAAGCGCAAGGCUAAGUUCAAAAUCAUGAGUCUUAAGGUGAAAGAAGGAACAGAUUAUGUGCCUGAACUGUUUGAUGAGCAAAGGGAUGAAGUGAUAGUUGAGCGUGUGCUGCAGGUUGUUUUCCUAGAUCCAGAGCGCCCUAGUCCUGCACUUGAAAAGCUGAAGCGCCAAUUAGCUGAGGCUGAUGCUGCAUUAGAAACUCGCAAGAAGCCCCCAGCAGAUGCAGGUCCAAAGGUGAUAGGCGAAGGUCUUGUUAUAGACGAAUGGGUGAGUUUUUAUUGUCUGCAUAUGUUACCCACCAUGAGAAUAAAUUUCACGUAUCACAAAGCUGUGGAAACCCUUCCAAUUCUUAUGCUGAUCUCUCUCUCUCUCUCUCUCUCUCAGAAAGAACGCAGGGAGAAAUAUCUUGCUAGGCAGCAGGUUGAAGCAGUAGAUUCGGUGUGAUAUUUUCUGGUUUUCAUUCGAUUUCUGAUCGAUGUUUUCAUCUGAUGGAACUUCUUCUGUGUUGGCUUCUUUCUCAUGGAUGGUGCACGACUGGGGAAGUUCUGAACGCGUAGGUAGUGUAGGGUAAAAUAAUGGUUAUGUAAUUGUAUGUGAGAUCAAAUGUAUGUAAUAGGUUUUGUCCCUGUGUUUUUCCUUCAUGUAAAUAUCUUCUUUAGUGCUGCGGUAAUGAAAUUUUCAUUCUAAAGCAAUGAAACAUGAACUGUUAUUCAAACCUAAAGCCGUUCAAUAUUCAAUAAGCCUAAAUCUUCAUUCAAA